CUUCGCCUGCUGCUGCCCGCGGACGCCACGAUGCCGCCUCUCCGCCUGCUCCUGGCGCUGCUGCUGCUGCUGGGCUGCGCCUCCGCGCAAUCGCCGUCCGCCGAGCAGCGCUGCUUCUGCCAGGUCACUGGCCAUUUAGACGAUUGUACUUGUGAUGUUGAGACGAUUGACAGCUACAACAACUACAAGAUUUUCCCCAGCCUGCAGAAACUUCUAGAAAAUGAUUAUUUCAGAUAUUACAAGGUAAACCUAAAGAAGCCAUGUCCUUUUUGGAGCGACAGCAGUCACUGUGGAAUUCGAGAUUGUGCCGUUAAGCCAUGUCCAUCUGAUGAGGUCCCAGGUGGAAUUAGAUCCGAGAGUUAUAAGUAUUCAAGAGAAGCUGCCACCUUCGUUGAAGACUGUGAAGAAGCAGAGAGACUUGGAGCGGUCGAUGAAUCUUUGAGCAAGGAGACCGCGGAGGCUGUGCUCCGGUGGACCCGGCACGACGAUUCUUCGGACAGCUUUUGCGAAGUUGAUGAUAUCCAGUCCCCUGAAGCAGAGUACGUGGAUCUGCUUCUCAAUCCGGAGCGCUACACUGGCUACAAAGGCCCUGAGGCUUGGAAGAUUUGGAACAGCAUUUACGAAGAGAACUGCUUCAAGCCACAGUCCAUCAAAAGGCCUUUGAAUCCAUUAGCUUCUGGCAGAGCAGCAGCAGCAGGAGAAAAUGAAGGGAAUAUGUUCUACAGCUGGCUGCAAGGCCUCUGUGUGGAGAAGAGGGCCUUUUACAAGCUCAUUUCCGGUCUCCAUGCAAGCAUCAACAUUCAUCUCAGCGCCCGGUACCUUUUGCGAGAUACCUGGGCGGAGAAGCAAUGGGGACACAACGUUACCGAGUUCCAGCAGCGCUUUGAUGAAGUCCUGACUCAAGGCGAGGGCCCCAGGAGGCUCAAGAACCUGUAUUUCAUCUACCUCAUUGAGUUACGGGCCCUGUCCAAAGUCCUGCCUUUCUUCGACCGGCCCGAUUUCCAGUUGUUCACGGGAGACAAACGUCGAGAUGAAGAAACCAAGAGUCUCCUCCUGGAAAUUCUCCAUUUAACCAAAGCUUUCCCUUUGCACUUGGAUGAAAAUUCAUUUUUUGCUGGAAACCCAAGAGAAGCUGCCAAAUUAAAGGAAGAAUUUAGGCACCACUUUAGGAACAUUUCAAGGAUUAUGGACUGCGUAGGAUGCUUUAAAUGUCGCCUUUGGGGGAAGUUGCAAACUCAGGGCUUGGGGACAGCUCUGAAAAUCCUGUUUUCUGAAAGCCUGAUAGAAAACAUGCCCGAAAGAGGCCCUUCACACAAAUUCCAUCUAACCAGGCAGGAAAUCGUGUCCCUCUUCAAUGCGUUUGGAAGGAUUUCGACAAGCGUUAAGGAGCUGGAAAAUUUCAGGGACCUUUUACGGCCCCUCCAGUGAAAUGGCUUCUGAUAAAGACUGGCACCUCUUGUUCGAUGGAGAACGAGGCUCAGAGAGGUUUCUGCUGACGUUGGCGCCAGGCUGCCCUUCUCCCUUGCAAGAAGGGCCGGGCCAGUGUGGCUUCAAGCGUUCUAACCACACUUUCCAGCUUGCAAGUUUGUACGUGGCUCUGUGGCAGCUGAAACUCCCGUGCGAGACGAAUCUUCCAGGGCAGAGAUAGGCAGCCCUUGACCUCGGCCUUUUCUCUUGUGUUGGUUUGUUUAUUUACUAAAAUCCCUGUGAUCCUCCAAAAUGUCCUUGUUUUAACAGAAUCUCCUAACUGAAAUUAGUUUUGCCUUCCCUCUUAAGUCAUCCUCAGUUCUCACACUCAUCUAAGACCCUCAGGCGUGCCUUGCUGGACAUCUCUGGUCCAGCAUUCAUUACAGGAUUCCCAGCGGUCGCCCAGUGCUUUCCCAGUUGGCCACUAUCAUCUAUCCACCGCAGUUCUAACCGGUGAAGUGGACCUUCCGCUGCUGAGCUCCUGUUGAAGCCUCCCUUAUGACCACUGGGUGACCCAGUGCCUUGCCCAGACACCAAGGAACCCAAGACACCACUGACCACCGCCCAGACACCAAGGAACCCAAGAAAAGCGUCGCUCUUAGAGAAGAGAUUCUUGGGAGGUAUCAACCGGGGCACCAUUUCUAGCUACUGCUUCAGCCCCCGACACCUGGCCGGCCAGGGGUAGUAGGGAUGAUUGGUUUACUUCUGGCCAAUGAGAUAUUUCCUUCUGGUGGCAACAAUGAUGCUAAUGAGCAGAACCAUUUCCUAAGAGGUGCUGCACUCGUUACGGCCCAGAAAUUGGGAAUAAGUCACGCAAUCCCGUACUUCCAGUUCCUCUCGGAUGCAAAUUUAGCCUUACGCAUGGUGGUCGUUCAGUUCUUUGCUCCCCCCUCCCCCCUGGAAGAUACUCAAGGUGGUUAAUGACUCAGGUCUCCACUGACCUUAACCUGGUUCUCUGUUCCCCCGUGUUUUGCAAACAUACUUCAAAUUCUGAAUGAGCAGGAAAUGUGGGUAGCAUUAACUGUGGUUAACAGCCAGUGUUGCAAAAGUAGGCUUUGAUCACAGUUGGCUGCAGUGAGAGCAGUCAGGCCAGGGAGGGGUUGAUAGGGCAGAGGAUGUAUGUGAUCAUGUGGGCAACCGGCGAUCUCGCAACCCUGGCUAAGGAGAGUGGCCAACGUUAUAUCUGCCGCAGCGAUCAAAGCUAAGAUCGUUGCAAAUGCCUUGAUAUCUGCUCAUCGCCUCUUAUGGAUCAGGUGCCCUCUUUGUUUUCUAGUGGUCUCCAGAACAAUCUUUCCCAUUCGGCAGGCUGGGGAUGAUGAAAGUUGUAGUCCAUCACAUGUGGAGGGCACCAGGUGGGGGGAAGUUACAGAAACUCAGGCUUUGGGAGCAAAUUUGGCCAACGUCUGGGAUUCCCCUAUUCCCCAUGAAUGCCUUUCUUAAAUACAGACAGGAAGACCUUUAAGCAAAAAUAUGCUGGUCUUUUCGAUAUUUUUGAUAAACGAAUCAUUCUGGCCCUUUUGCCUAUCCCCCACCCCCGGGGAUGGAGCCCUUCUCCAAAAUGGAAUCCCGCCGUCAAGCCGAAAGGACUGCUCUUGCGGAUAGUUUGUAACUGGAUUCCAUUCCCAGCCCCUCUAUCUAUUUCACCCAUCCCAGAUCUGGGUGGGUUUGCCAGCGCCUGCACAGAGCGUAUAAUUCUAUGCGCGCAGGAUUGAGCUGUGAACUGCAAAGAAAAUAUUUUCUUUGCGGUUAAGGAAGGGAUGAGAUGGGUUUAAAUCAGAUUUCCUUAAUUUAACCAAGAAAGGGAAAAAAGUUACUGUUCCUGCAAAA